GAGCAAGCAAGAUCCUUGAACCACAGCAUCAUCCUUUUUUUUAUUAUUCAGUUUAUCUGGUACCUAUCGCUGUCGCAAAUAUGGCGGAGAAAGAUGCUACACUCAAAGCGGUCCAAGUGGAAGCGCUGGUUGUGAUGAAAAUCAUCAAACAUAGCUCCCAGGCCUUCCCUACUAUCGCAACCGGAUCACUUGUCGGUAUGGAUGUGCGAGGGACACUCCAAGUCACGAACUGUUUCCCUUUCCCAGUUGUCGAUAUCCCAACCGAGUCCCAUUUCGAUAAUGCUUCCCAAAAUUCCGCUGCUGUUGCUCCGCGCGCAAAAUCGAAUACAGUUUAUCAGGCUGAAAUGAUUAAAAUGUUGCGGGAGGUAAACAUUGAUGCCAAUAAUGUCGGAUGGUACACAAGUGCAAACAUGGGGAACUUUGUCAAUUUGAACGUCAUCGAGAAUCAGUAUUACUAUCAGAAAGAACUGAAUGAGCGGACGGUGGCAUUAGUUCAUGAUAUUAGCCGUAGUUCUCAGGGCGCGUUGGCACUUAGGGCUUUUAGACUAUCACCCCAGUUUAUGGCCGCAUUCAAGGACAACAAGUUCACGAGCGAACAGCUCCAGAAAUCGAACCUUCGAUACCAAGACAUCUUAGUUGAACUCCCCGUUCAAAUUCAUAAUUCCCACCUUCUCACAUCCUAUCUCCACCAACUCCCAACCCCCACUCCUUCAGAACCCUUGGAUUUCCCUCCAUCCCUUGACGCUCUGACCUCUGGACCUUACUCCUCGUCUUCUCUGUUGACUCCCAACUUCGACAGCCUUUCUCUGAGCAUUGAUCCAUUCUUGGAGAAAAACUGCGAUCUACUCCUCGAAAGCAUCGAAACUCACCACACCGAAAACAACAACUUCCAAUUCUACCAACGAUCUCUUGCACGCGAGCAAGCCAAGAUUGCACAAUGGCAGGCUAAGCGCAAAGCCGAGAACGCCACACGUACCCAGCUGAAGCAACCGCUGCUACCGGAGGAUGAAUGGCAGCGACUCUUCAAACUUCCCCAGGAACCCAGCAGGUUAGAGACAUUGCUGAAUACUAGACAAGUCGAGCAAUAUUCGCGACAAAUCGACGGUUUCGUGGCUGCGACAACGGGGAAAAUGUUCGCCGUCAAGGGCAAUCUACUUCCAGGUGAAUCCCAGGUUUAACGUCUAUGCAUUCGGCUUCUAUACCUAUCUUUCUUUCAUUGUGAUGAUGGGAUGAAACCGUCUACGGAGCUUGAAUUUUCGUGAUUUCGGAAAGAAAAACAUAAACAAAAGCUUCAUGGGUCUUGAAUUGUAAAUGAUUGUAUGGCGUAUCAUUGGGAAUUUUCUUUGGUGCAUCUAUUUGUCGGCUGUUCGUUCCCUUUGAGCCGGUUAAUUAUGAGUUUCUGUAAUUCUUUUGAUAUUCCUUCUCCCGGAUUUCCACAUGGUUCCUGCGUUGAUUCCAUACUUUAACCUGCCUAACUACUCGCAACGGAAUCCAUCUGGAUGAAUAUAUAUCAUGUUCUUGUGAAGAUUUUUCGGACUCACUACGGAAGCAUAAAUGUUCCGGACGACAGAAUGAAAUAAAAAUAUUUAUUAAA